UGAGCUACGAGUACGUGCUGUACGUGUUGUCCUUACUGUAUGUGUGUGGAAUUGUGGCUGUCCAGACUGAGGCCCGUACAGAGGUGGUAACACCAUGGGGCUGUUCGCUGUCAGUGUCGGCCCCUUUCGAAACAGAGUCCGGACGGUUCGAACGUGGAGUCGACACUUUUCAUCCAUUUCACCAACUUGUCGCAGCGGCUGGGCUGUCGCGCUGAAUACACCUCUGAUCCAGAGGAAAUGUGCAGGACUCCACCAACACAGAUUCACAUUCAUUCGUUUACUCAACUCAGCCAAACCGCCCAGAGGGUUUGAAAAGUUCUUCCCAAAGAGUGCAGGGACGGCUGGUGCCAGCAAAUCAUCUGACGAUGCAAAAAACAGGGAUCCUUUUGGGAAAGAACAAGAGGAGAUUAGCAACAAAGGCAAUGAAGGUCAAAGAGGAGGAAAAAAGGACAAAGAAUCAGAUUGGUGGGCACGUUUUCAGGAUGAUUUUCCAUUGGAUGAAAAAGCACUGCAAAACCUUGCAAUUGGUGCAGCAGGCAUGGCCUCUGCUUUUCUCUACUUUUACUUCCGGGAGACUGGCAUCCAGAUCUCCUGGAAAGACUUUGUGCACCACUACUUGAGCAGAGGCUUGGUUGAUCACCUGGAAGUUGUCAAUAAACAUUAUGUCAAGGUCAUUCCAGCACCUGGUGUGAACAUAUCAGAUGUGAGUUACUUGUGGUUCAAUAUUGGCAGCGUGGACUCAUUUGAGUAUAAUCUGGAAGCAGCGCAGCAGGAACUGAGUUUAGACUCUACCUUUAAAGUACCUGUCAUCUACACCAGUGAAAAUGAUGGGACUCUCUUAUAUAGCAUUUUCCCAACCUUACUUCUGGUUGGCUUACUCCUGGUGCCUCGGCUGGGCCCGAUAGUGGGGCCUCGUGGCGGUAGAGGGCGAGCAAACCCCUUCAGAAUGGGUCGGUCUAAAGCCAAGAUAAUCAAAAACGACAUUGGCGUUGGAUUUAAGGAUGUCGCAGGCUGUGAGGAAGCCAAACUGGAGAUUUUGGAGUUUGUUAACUUCUUGAAAAACCCUCGACGCUACAAGGAGCUAGGAGCCAAGAUCCCUAAGGGUGCAAUGUUGUCUGGUCCACCUGGAACAGGGAAGACCUUGCUAGCCAAGGCCACUGCAGGUGAAGCUAAUGUUCCUUUCAUCACAGUCAGUGGCUCUGAGUUCCAGGAAAUGUUCGUUGGUGUGGGCGCUGCAAGGAUGCGGGACAUGUUUGCCAUGGCACGUAAAAACGCCCCCUGCAUCCUCUUCAUUGAUGAAAUAGAUGCAGUGGGCAGAAAGCGGGGUAGAGGAAACUUCGGAGGCCACAGUGAACAAGAAAACACACUAAACCAGUUACUAGUUGAAAUGGACGGGUUCGAGAGUAGCACCAAUGUGGUUGUUUUGGCUGGUACUAAUCGAGUUGAUGUCCUGGAUCCAGCCCUGAUGAGGCCAGGACGCUUUGAUCGACACAUAUACAUUGGUCCUCCAGAUAUAAAAGGCAGAGCUUCCAUCUUUAAGGUGCAUUUGCGACCUCUAAAGUUGGAGCCCAGUAUAAAAGUUGAGGCCUUAGCCAGAAAGCUCGCUGCAUUGACUCCUGGUUUUACUGGGGCUGACAUUGCCAUUGUUUGCAAUGAGGCCGCUCUAAUAGCGGCACGCCAUCUGCACCAUCAUAUCCACUCUAAGCACUUUGAACAGGCAGUUGACAGGGUCAUUGGAGGUCUGGAGAAAAAAUCUCAGGUAUUGCCGCUUCCAGAGCGGACCACUGUGGCGUAUCACGAGGCCGGACAUGCUGUCACUGGCUGGUUUCUAGAACAUGCAGACCCACUAUUGAAGGUGUCUAUAGUUCCAAGAGGAAAGGGUCUGGGUUACGCUCAGUAUCUCCCGAAGGAGCAGCACCUCUUCACAAAAGAACAGCUCUUUGACAGAAUGUGCAUGAUGCUUGGUGGCCGUGUGGCUGAACAGGUUUUUUUUCAUCGGGUCACUACGGGGGCGCACGAUGACCUACGGAAGGUCACACAGUCGGCCUACGCACAGGUUGUACAGUUUGGAAUGAGCGAGGCAGUGGGUCAGGUGUCUUUUGAGCUCCCCCAGCAGGGUGACAUGGUGACAGAGAAGCCCUUCAGUGAGCCUACAGCCCAACUCAUAGACCAGGAAGUCCGCCAGCUCAUUGACUCUGCCUUCCGGAGAACACUCCAGCUUCUCACUGAGAAAAAAGCCAUGGUGGACAAGGUGGCCAAACGUCUCCUAGAAAGAGAGAUUUUAGAAAAGGCCGACAUGGUGGCGCUACUAGGUCCACGUCCUUUUCAAGAGAAAUCCUCUUAUGAGGAGUUUGUGGAAGAGCUCGUCGACUUGGAGGAGGACAUCUCACUACCUGAGGGGCUGAAGGACUGGAACAAAUGGGACGAAAAACACCCGCAGCAGGAACAAAACAAAUCAGCUGCUUACUUCAUCCAUUGUCAAGAAUAAGCUUCUAAAUUCAGGUGAACCUUUUUAUCUUGGUAAGGACAAUGGUGAUCAUGAUUAUGUGCAAUCGUUUUAUUCCAAGCUGGGAUUUCCAUUUUGUAGCCAUUUGUAGCCUGAUGUCACAGCUGAUGACUUCUACCUAUUUUCUACCAAGUGCACUAAAUUAGCUACGACCAUGAACUGUAUUAACUCAAGUAUGAUGGCAUCCUUUUAAAAGCUAUCAUAUUUAUACAUUCUCAUUGCCUUAAACCACACACACACACACACACACACACGCAUACAAACUUUUCUGUGUACCAUAUGCACUGUUUUCCCGAGAUUUCAAGCUUUGGGGUGGCUGUGGGCACAAACACCUGCACACAUGCAGGAAUUGGGCUUAUGAAAAAAUAAUUCACAAAUAAUGGAAAGACUCCAAAUUAGUCCACAAAAUUAAUAUAAAGAUGUAUUAUGUAAUUCAUACGACCGCUCCUCCGCACAUAAUACAGAGAGCAGGCAAGAAAUUGUAAACGCACAAUAUGACAUGACAGAAAUGACAUGCCGUUGUAUUAAUAAGAUAAGUAAUAUCAGGGUAUUUAGUUUGUUCAAUCAAAUAACAACUUAUAGACCUGUUUGAUAUGAAACAUGUCCUUUAAAUUACUUCUGUUGUGACCAAGCACCAUAUAGAAAAUAAAAUAUAACCUGACCUCCUUGGGGUCUUUACUGAACAAGGCAUCAGUUGCACAUCAGAGUUUUUGUGUUUAUAGUGUACACACACACUGACUGAUGCUACAUUUACAUAACAUCACAUGUACCGUUUAAUGUUUCUACUCAAGAGUUUAAUAACAGUACAAGAAUCUCACUACCUCACAACCAAAUGGCCUGCUUCUAAAGACAAGUACAUUUUAAUCACGAUAGGCACCAUUCAGUUUACUUGAGCUUCUGCACAGAGUAGAUGAGGUCGCAGCUGUGCUCUUUAGAAACACUUGAAGUCAUUUUCUGUAUAGUCAAUUUCUAUAUGAGCAAGAAGAGUUUUAUUGUUUAUCCUGGUUGAUGAAAUGCAGAUAAGUGCUUAUUCAGUGUGGAUGAAAAUGUCCUACUUUUUAAUGCUGUUUUUGUUUGAAGAGCAUCACUUAUUGCUCAAUGCAGUAAGGUGUGAGGAUGACGUAGAAAAUAUGAAGCUAAUGGGGCACACAAAUAUAUUAAACAUAUUUUAUACCCAUUGGCCUGCCAUUUUAUUCAUAGCCUUCACAGUCAUCAUCAUGUUUAAGAAUGAAUAAUAGAAAUUCUGUAAAUGAUUAGGUAGCGUCUCGCGGUUCCAAAGGGGUGGAAAACGUCUGAUGCAAUUUUUUAAAAUUUGGCAGUAAAAAUGUUUUUUUACACAAAUGGAUUUGGUAAUAGUAUUUAGUAUUUAGCUUUGGCUCCAGAUUGCAUUUUUUUCAAACCAAAAACUAUAAGAACACCACCACCAAUGUGCAUAUGUUAUGAAAAGUGGUUUAGAAGAGCAGAUUGAACAAAUAGAUGCCUAUUUGUCACAAUUCAAAGUUAAACUCAUCCUAUUGAAUGAGAAAGCGUGUCCAAAGCUUUGACUGGUGGUUUACACUAAAGCAGUCUCAUAGAAGCAACCGACAGUCUAAAGUCAGUGUGUGGUUAUGGUAGACUAUACAUUCAAUGAUAGCCAACGUUGGUAGUUAAACUUUACCAAAUUUGAGCACAUUUGAAGGUUAGCGCCACCCCGAUGCAGUACCUAGCCACGGCAGACAGCAAUGUUGAAGUUUUGUAAAAUUAUUUUAACUUCUACAGCGAGAUGUUUUUCCAAACAGAUUAACAUUCAGUCACUAUAACAUUCAACUUUGAUAGAUUUAAUGUAACUGUAAAAUCACAUAUAUUCCAGUUAAUUAUCAUGCAAAGUAUCCCAAUUUUGUUCCAACAAGAGCCAAAUAUUGUCUCAUUCCAACAUUAAUGCACUUUGUUUACCUUGAAAAACGUUGCUGUCUUUGACAUUAUGGACAAGUGCAAUAUGAAUAAACGUGCCUUCCCUUGCCUCCAUUAGGUACAACUGCUCAGACUAAUGAGGUUUUUGAGCUCAGUAACCCUCAAUAAGGCUUCUAUAGCUCAAAGAUCAUUUCAAACUAACAAUGUUGCCACUCUAAUCCAGGGGUUGACACAGUGCCUCACAAAAGGGAGUACACCGCUCACAUUACUGCAAAUGUUGUAUUAUAUCUUGUCAUGGCACAACACUGAAGAAACUAUACUUAUGCUGAUACAAUGUAAAGUAGUCAGUGUGCAGCAUGUAUAACAGUGUAAGUUUACUGUCCCCCUAAAAAUAACCUCCAAGACAUCCACUGCCUUGCUAAAGAAGCUGAGGGUAAAGGUGACGGACCUAAACUCUAUUGAGCAUCAGUGGGGCGUCCUCACACAGAAGGUGGAAAAUAAUGGUAUCCACUAGCUACACAAAAUACAGUAUCCACAUUUUGGGUCCAAUUUGGACAUUUUCACUUAGCGGUGUAAUCACUUUUGUUGCCAGAUGUUUAGACAUUAAAUGGCUGUGUGUUGAGUCAUUUUAGGGGAAAUCUGUACAGUUGUACAAGCUGUACACUGACUACAUUGUAUUAGAAUGUAAUGUCUUCAGUGUUGUCCCAUGAAAAGAUAUAAUUCAAUAUUUGCAGACAUGUGAUUGGUGUACUCACUGUAGUGUGCUACCGUAAACGGGAUCCUCAUGUUGAGGCUAUGACCACAGCAGAUCAGAUGAGGCUAUUGCAGCCUGUGAAAGACAAGGAGAGUUGAAUUGAUCAACUGUGGGGAAAAUUAAGUCAACAAUAAGGUGAAUGCUUAACUUUGCCUCAUCCUUGUGCUGCAAAUUUUUAAAAAGGUGGUACACAGUUUAUGGAUUGUUCUCUUAAUUACAAAUAACUCAACAACGCAUAGUUUUCCAUGACUUUUAUUUUAUUCCUCUUACAGUCACUCACCCCAUUCAAGAUGAUUAUCAGUCCAGGUAUUAACUUAAUUAAAAAUAAAUCAAGUCAGCGGGCUGUCUCUUCUCAGGUAUGGGCACUUGAUUGUGUGUUUGGCAUUCAUGCAAAGUCACAUUAGCUCAGUUACUUCCUUCUGUCAUUUUUUGGGUUUUGGAUGACCAACUUAAACUAGAAGAAAUAGUGUCAGUCAUCAUUUUGAACAUGUUAAGAAGAAUGGGGAAAAGAACAUAUGAUUUCAGCAAUUUGAAAGUAGCAGUUUCCACCUUGAUGGGGGCUGUGUUACUACCCUGUUAGUCACUUCAAAACAGAACUUCAACUCAUCAAGAGUGCAACAAGAGCAGAGAAGGAAGGUUUGUGUGUGUGUGUGUGUGUGUGUGUGUGUGUGUGUGUGUUUACUGCGCAUCUUUAGAACACAGAGCAAUGUGUCCAGAGUUCACCAUGAACUCCUCAACUGUUCAUCAGCACCAUAAAACAGUGUCAGUGGUCCACUCUGGUGCUGGCUGGCUGCUCUGAGCUUCAUUCCACCUGUGUCACACACAGACACACACACAACAUGUCAAGGUUGUUUUGACCUUUCCAGCUUCAUUAAGGGCUCUGCGGUGUCUGAGUCGCUGUGGUGCUUCCUCUCCCUGGGGUGCUCCACCUUGCUGCAGCGUGUCCACGAGGGGGAGCGCAUGUAACCUCCUUUGGCCAGCACUGCCUGCUGGGAGCCUGCCAAACACAAACACACAAUAAUCAUCACACUGAACAUACCCGUGACUCUAGUGAGGAUAGGCGGCAUAGAAAAUGGAUGGAUGGAUGGGUAAAUGGAUGUCAAAGAUCAGGCUUAACAAUCCGUAAGGUUAGUAAUAAAAUUGAUUUGAUGCUUUUUUUAUGCAGGUCAGAUUCCCAAUUUCCCACCCUUUCGGGUCACUAGAGGACAAAAAAGUCUAUGCCCAAAAACUGCUACAAAAAGAACUAUUAUACGAUUAAUAUUUGUUUUGCUUUUUUUGCUUAGAUCUCUCAAUCAACUUGAGUUCUAAUAAAAAAUACUGAACAUGUAAAUAUUUUUUUAUUAUUUUAACCCUUUAAAUGCCCAUUUGAUUCAAAUGUGUCCCUGUUUUUGCUUAGAAAAAUACCAAACAUGUAAAUAUUUGUAUUAUUUUAACCCUCUAAAUGUCCAUUUGAUUCAAUUAUGUCACCGUUUUUGCUUGGAAAAUACAUACAAAAUGCGUUAUUUUCCAUAUAAUAAAUGUUAGGAGGUUGGCGCUCGAUGUCAAAGAUCAGGCUUAUACAUAAGAUUAGUAGUAAAAUUGAUUUGGAUGCUUUAUUUUAUUUGCAGGGUCAGAUUCCAAAUUUCCCACACGUUCGGGUCCCGAGAGGACAAAAAAGUCCCAUUGACUUCAAUUAUAAGCACGCAUUGUAAUUAGACAAAAAAUGUAUCUAAUUUCGAGGUUUCAUUUUGUUUAAAAUUAGUCAACUUUGUCACAUUUACUGUUUAGCACCAUUGUUAGUGCUUGUUCAUAAAGAAUGUUAGUGCUUGUUCAUAAAUCUCCCCAGAGCCACAUCAAUAUCCUCACACAUUACACACACACACACACACACACACACACACACACACACACAUUGACCUGAGAAGAUGGAUGGCUUCUCCGCGGGAUGUUAAUGAGAAGGACAGUGACCUGGACAGGUCAGUCUGCUGUCCCACAAACACUUUCAGUAUCCACCAUUGCUCAUUGUGGAGAUCAUUUCAUCCAUGUGACUGCAUACAGUUGUGGUCAGAAGUUUGCAUACACACAUCAUGGGCAUAAAUGUCAGUCAUUUAGGGUGAAUAGUUAGUUUUCCAGGGUGGAAUUAUCAUACAACAUCUUCAGUGACUUUUUAAAAUAAGAAUUGGCCACACAAAUUAUAUACAGGCUCAAAUAUACUGUGUACAUA